UGCUUAUAGACAAGAAGAGUGAGUAGGAGAGAGAGAGAGAGAGACAAUUCCUUAUUUACACUUGGACAAUUUCAUUUCCAAACACUCCAAAACAUGGCAAAAGGAGAAGAAGCAGCCAAACAGCUCCCCAGGGUUUUAGUUCUCCGACCACCCCCAAUGUUCAAGAUGUUCGAAAAGGAAUUCUCAGAAAAAUUCCAAUUCCUCAAAGCAUGGGAAUCUCCAAUUCCCACCGACCAAUUCCUCGCUGCCGAAGCAAGUUCCAUAGAAGCGAUGCUCACAUCCGGCAGCGGUCCGGUCACCCCCGACAUCCUCCGCCACCUCCUGUCGGUCCGGAUCAUCGUAACCUCCAGCGUCGGCGUCAACCACAUCGACUUGCAAGAGUGCCGCAGCCGUGGAAUCGCCGUCGCAGCCGGCGGCGACGUGGUCUCGGAGGACGUUGCCGACACGGCGGUUGCGCUGUUGAUUGAUGUUAUAAGAGGAAUUAGUGCUUCGGAUCGGUACGUUCGUGGUGGUCUUUGGCCUAUCAAAGGGGAAUAUCCUCAUGGUUCCAAGUUGGGAGGCAAGCGAGUUGGGAUUGUUGGACUAGGAAACAUUGGCUUAGAAGUUGCAAAGAGGCUUGAGGCUUUUGGCUGCCCUAUCUCCUACAAUUCAAGGAAGAACAAACCAUCCAUUUCCUUCCCUUUUUACCAUAAUGUCUGUGACCUAGCAUCAAACUGUGAUAUCCUUGUCAUUUGUUGUGAUUUGACUGAUAAAACUCACCAUAUGAUCAACAAACAAGUCUUGGCAGCAUUGGGAAAAGAGGGAGUCAUCGUAAACAUUGCACGUGGGUCUAUCAUUGAUGAGAAGGAAUUGGUGCGGUGUUUGGUUCAAGGAGAGAUUGCCGGUGCUGGUUUGGAUGUGUUUGAGAAUGAGCCUGAGGUUCCUAGAGAGUUCUUUGCGAUGGACAAUGUUGUGCUAUCACCACACCGAGCUGUCAGUACAGAGGAAUCAUCUAGGGCUAACCAUGAACUUAUUUCGGGGAACUUGGACGCUUUCUUCUCAAAUAAACCAUUACUGUCUCAGAGAAGAAGCAAAAGAAGAAAGAAGGGAAGAAGAAGAAAGAGGCAGACGACGGACGUGCUGCAACGAUCGGACGAGCUGCGACGAUCGGCUGGGUGAUCGGCAGAAUGGAGGGACCUCUCUCUCUCUGUUUCCCUCUCUUCUCUCAUCUCUCUUUCUCCCUCUCUCUCUGAUGAUCGGCUGGGUGAUCGGUAGAAUGGAGGGGCCUCUCUCUCUGUGUUUCCCUCUCUCCUCUCCUCUCUCUCUUGCCUUCCACUUCUUCAGAUGUAAACGAGAGAAAAAAAAAAAUGGGGGAUUCAGGGGAAUGAUUUUUUGGGAGAAAAAUCAUUUCUCUUUUUUUAAAUUCAUUUAUUUUUAUUGAAUUACAUAUUGAUUCAUAAAGAAAAUUA